UUUAACGUUGUCUCAAAACUAGGGCGUAAACGUAACGCUAACGAGGAGCACGCGGACUCCUCGCGAGGCUGCCGUCAUCUGAAAUGUCGCCGCCGGGGAAAUAUUUCAACGAUCAGAAGAAUUUCCCGCUUCUAAUUGCCUCCAAUAUGGUUUUGAAUCACGAGCCAUAAGGUCGGAAACUUCCCAAAAUCAAAUCUAUUUCUUCCUCCGCCCGCCUCCUCUCUCUCUCUCUCUAUCUCACUCGAUCGCCUGGUCGAUGGAACUCGAUCAUUCGAAGGCGAGCAACGGAUUCGCCAAGUCAAUCUGCACCAUCUGCUUUCAGGAACUCAACCCCAUUAUCGAAGAUAUUCAAUCCAUUUCCAUUUGCGGUCAUGUCUUCCACGAGUUCUGCUUGCAGCAAUUACUCGAGUCUUUGCCGGAGGCGAAGAAGAAACCCUGCCCAAUGUGCAACCAGAAAUUCUCGCUGAAGCAUAUCUCCCGCCUUUACUUGCAGUGGGUCGACGACCCGCUGAAAGCGUCUGCGAUAACGAAAUCUCCCCUGUGUGGUUCAAUCAGGGACAGCGCUCGGUUGUCACGAGGGGAGUUGGUGACGCUAGAGGAGAAGCUUUCCUUUGUGGAUCAGGCAUUAGAGCAGCAACAGCAGCAUCUUAGGGAGUUGAAGGAGGAGUUAUCCCUUGCCAAAGAUUUGGCAGGAAGAGAAGUGGCACUUAAGAUGGAGGCUGUAACGGAGAAUUCUAUAUUUCAGCAGAUGCUCAAUGAAAAGAUGGAGGAACUAGAACAGUCGAAGGCAGAGCGUUCCAAACUGCAAAAGAGCAUUUUGGCACUAGAAAAAGAGCUUGCGGCAAACAAAUUGGUAUCGAAUUUGAUUAUAGAUGAAGAAGAGAUUUCGAGGUUAGCAUAUGCUAACCAUGAAGGGUAUAGCAAAUGUUUUGUAGAUUCGCUGAGGAAGUCUUUGAUCCUCCGCAAUAGGAGUUACAAAGAGCUGAUGGCCCAAUGUGACCUUUUGGCAAGAGAAGAGCAAAAUUCUCAAAAAAAGCUUGCCAAGGCCGUGCAAAAGAAAGAAAAACUGAAGGAAAAAUUGAAAGAACUAAAGAGCGCUCUUGGAGAGAAGGACAAUGAAAUCUUGAGGAAGAAAGAAAAACUGAAGAAAAAAUCGAAAAAACUAAAGAGAGCUCUUGAAGAGAAGGAUAAGGAAAUCUUGAGGAGCUCAAAAAUAUGCAAGAGAGUUCACAUGGAAGAGGCUCAUGAAAAUAGUAAUAAGCUUGAUUGUAUGGAGAACUCCAGGUCAAGAGUGAAAAAGGAAUCUGCUAUUGGUACCUCAGAAUCAUGUUGUACUGAUCUUUUGUCCAAGCAUGCCUCUGUUGCCAGAGUGAUUACUGGUCUUCCUGAAAGACAAAGUGCUUCAAAUCUGAAAACAUCUAGAACAGAGGUAAUAUAUGUUGACAUGCAAGGCCAGACUUAUUUUGAAGCUGACAUGGGCAGAUCAACUAAUUCAGAAAAGGGGACAUGGGAGCAACAUUCAGAGAAGCCUGCAGACUUAGUGGCAGAUGAACAAGCUACUCCUCACAUGAACAUAGAGAAGAUUGAGGAAAGAAAACCAAUUGUUGAACAAGCUACUCCUCACAUGAACAUUGAGAAGAUUGAGGAAAGAAAACCAAUUUUUAAAGGAUUAUUGGGUCCGUGUCCUCAAGAUAAUGCAGGACAUGAAAGGUAGGGAUUGUUGUAAACAGGCACAGCGGAGCAACGUAGGCUUCAUUUUUCAGAUGUUCUGUUUGUUUGGCAUUCAAACCUGGAGAGUGAAGUCACUUUCACAAAUUUGGCCAUAGCGGCACUUUCUUCCUUCAGUUGGAACUUGAAAAUUCCUUUUCAAAAUUAAAGGACUGGUAACCAACUGGAUACACAGAGUUAUCUGAGCAUUGCCACAAAGGUGUUGUCCGGAUGCAAGUGAAAAUGGCCUUGGAUAAGUUUAAACUAUAUAUCUUAUAUCUGCAUUUUGAGGGUGAAAAUAGUCCCUGCCUUUUGAAGGGGACUAGCUUUCCUUUAGGAGAUAAAAGUACAUGUUUUAGGGAUGAAAAUUGCAGCUUACAUUUGGUUUGAGGGUAGAGGACGUGCACCUGGAAGGAGUUUUCUCCACCAUUCGAACUCUUUUCGGGAGAAAUGGAUCUGAUGCAAAGUGGGAGGCAAACCCCUCAGUUAUAAAGUUCCAGAACACCAAAUCCUAAACCAUUCCUCCCAGGCAUUGCAACAAAUAAUUGUCCUCACCCAUGCUCCUGUAUUUGAAGCAUGCACUGAUGAUGGUAAUCCAUAAAGGGACACUUUUCUCAGGUACUCUUUGGACUUACAUUUUAUUAAAUUAUUAUAUUUUGUUGUAGCUGUCCUGUUUCUGGUGUCUUUUUUGUUUAAUGAGUGAUUGGAGGAUGUUAGCAAUGUUGUGGUGGAUGAAAGCACUUUCCCAUUGAUAAAACCACUGGUUUUCAUCUCACAAUCAUAAAUGUUCUCUCGUGAUAUGCAUCAAAUGUUUGAAGUUGCAUUAAAUGUUAUCCAUAUGAAAAGUGAUGAUCAUAUGCAAUAUAUUUGAGUAUCAAUCUAUUUGUCAUUCAAAAGAGGCUGUGGAACACAAACAGCUACACGUGCUUAAUGAAAACAGCUGUAUUUAGCAGUGAUAUGUUGGCAAUGCCAACUCAAAAAUUAAGGCCUUCUGGAGCAACAGAAUGCAUGCUAGCCUGAUAAAAUGGAUAGGUAAGAGUCCAAUAUGGAUCGCUUUCUAUAUAAUGCUGGAAUUAUGCUGGUUACCAACAAACAGCUACGCGUGCUUAAAAAACAGCUGUAUUUAGCAGUGAUAUGUUGGCAAUGCCAACUCAAAAUGACCUUUUGGAGCAACAGGAUGCAUGCUAGCCUGAUAAAAUGGAUAGGUAAGAGACCAAUAUGGAACACUUUCUAUAUAAUGCUGGAAUUAUGCUGGUUACCGGCAAGCAUUUUGUUGAUGUUAUGAUGAAAAAUCUGGCACAAAAGCUUUCUGGAAAGACACUUGGAAAUUCAUUCUGUUAACUAUAUUUAUAGGUGUUCAUCAUUUACCUAGUGAUGUUCAUGGAUCUAUAGUGAGCAGGUUAGUUGAGACAAGAAAAUCUACUGGCAUUGAGCAGUUAACUGUGGUUGAAGCAGGUGAAAGAGAGGAGUAGAGCAAGUCACUGGUGACUUUUCUUUCACUUUGCAGUAUCGGAAGUCAAAUUUCAUUCCCAUGAUGCCAUCUUGUUAUUUUGGUCCCUCAUUACCCACAGAUUCUUUAUAUCCUACAUUGGCUAUUCUAGUUGAAAACUCUCUUGCAAGUAGGCAUAUUCAGUAUUUUUAUCGCUGUAACCGUGGGCAGUAGUUUUGUGGCAGAACGCAUCUUCAAUAGUGGUUCACUUUUUUGGCUCUUGCAGGCUUCCAGGGAGCGGUCUCUUUGAAAGCCUUCUGUAGAGGUGGCAAAUGAAGUAGACCGAAAUGCAUGGUUUCAUGGAGGCCUAGAGAUUGAGGAGGCCGUCACAAACCAGAGGACUGACUGUUUCCUCAUGGGCUGUUGAGGUAUCUUCUUGGAAAUGACCUUGACUUGUCCAGUCUUCAGAAUCCAUGGGAUUGAUCCGGUGGGCUUAGCCACCACUGCAGGUGAUCAUUGUCAUCCCUCACUGAAGACUGGCGUAAGCAACAACUCGUUGCUAAGAUAUACCCUAUAAGAAAAACUUCAGUCAGGGUUUGACGGUUUCUCUCCAUACAUGUAGCUCCUACAACAUGCAGCAGUAGGAAAUAGGGGCACUAUUUCCAUUGACUUCAAUCUUAUUAGCUUAGAUAAUCGAAAAGGCUGCCGAUUCAAACUUGUUGUUCUAAUCUUUUUUAGAAUUGAAGUUGAUAGCUUAAAAGUCUACUUGUCAGAUAUGUUUUUGAGGGUUGUUUACAUGUCAGCUUGUGAGCAAGUUGAUCAUAUUAACUGGAACAGCUUGUAUUGGUGCUCUUACAUAUAUCAAAGUCCUAUUUAUUCAAGUU